GCCAGCCUCUCACAAGCUUCAGCUGGCUGGGAAACGCCAGGCAGAUGCUGGGCUAGCUGGCCACUGCAACAGGUAAACAGCCCUCCCUCCAUCACCCCCUCCUCGCUGCCCUGCCUGCCCCCCGCAGCCCGGCUCCCUCCCCUUUCGCACCCUCCAAUUCAGUGGGUGCUGCUGAGCCCUUUGGAAAAGAAAAAGAACUCCAGCUCCCACCGGCCGCCAAACCCUGGCCCAAGCCGGCACCCUCUGCGUCCCAGCCAGCCACAGAGAGAGGAGACACUCGGUGCAGUUUGGAUACUGUCGGAGCAAGAUCUGUCGUCCCGCUACGGGUCUUGGUCCCGAGGGCGUCCCGCAGGCAAAGGGGCCAUCCCCAGAGGCAGAGCCCCGAGGGGAAAGGAUGCGCUAGGAGCUCAGCCAGCGGCUCCAUGCCUGCCCGCAGCCAGUCGUGCGGCUGCAGCCGGGGGCCCAAUGUGGAGCAUGGGAAGUGGUAUGGGGUCCGCUCCUACCUGCACCUCUUCUACGAGGACUGCACCGGUGCCAGUCUGGCUGACGACAUGACCGAACCCCCAGUCUCCCGUGCCCACGGCGGAUGGCCCUCCCUCGUCUGGAAGGUGAGUCUCUCAGCUGGAGUGCUGCUCUUGCUGAUUGGAGUCGCAGCACUGGCCACAGGGUACCUGGUGCCCCCGAAGCUGGAGGGCAUCGGAGAGGAAGAGUUUAUGGUGCUUGACCUGCAGGCGAUGGCGUAUAACCAUGCCCUGGUGACCUGCAGACUGGUGGGCACUGUCCUGUGCGCCGUGGCCGGGGCCCUGGGGGCUGCGGGCGUCCUGGCGUGCAUGCUGGGCAGGGCUGCACGAGGGGGCGAGGAAGAGGAGGAGCAGCAGCUGUCGCCCAUUCUGCGGGAGAGCCCCCUGAAGAAGCACAGCACCAUCAUCGUGCCGCCGGCGGCAGCAGCAGGAUCACCGGCCGUGCCCUUUGGCACUUCGCAGAUACAAAACAUACAGCCAAAGAGGGACACACGGCUCCCCCUCCUGCCCCCUUCCACCGCUGCACCCGCACCCUGAAGCAAAGAGCUCUUGUGUCUCCCCCCCGUGUUACUGCUACACCCCGAUUAACAGCCCCACUGCCCCUGGCUCUAAGGAGCCCCGAUGUGUCACCAUUCAGCAUUAGCAGGAGGAAGGUGGGUGCAGCACCUGGACCCCUUCCCGCUGCUUCAUCUGCAGAACCUGGGGAGCUGCAAGUGGCUAAAGCUGAGCCUUCCACUGGGGAAGGGAGGAGUGUGGAGGGAGGCUCUGGCCUGGCCCCCCACGUGAGAAGAUCUGAGAACUGCUGGAGGUGCCUUCUGGCCAGGCCACCUGGCUCAAGCCAGAACAGAAAUGCCCCACCUGAGCUCAGGCUGCCUCAGCCUUUAAGCCAAUAGGAUCAUCUCAUGCCACAUCAUCUGGAGGCUGGACUACAGCUGCAACCUACCAGCAAGAAGGAAACUGUGUUCUGAGGUAGAGGUGGAGUACGAUUGGCCAUCGCCUAAUGGACAAAGUCCCAACUUUUCUGUGGUCCACCUUCCUCUGCCCUGCUUCCUGGUCAGCUGUGACUGAUGAAAGUGUCUGAGUACCGGUCCAGCAAUGUCCUCCUUCCGUGCUGGUUCAAUAAAGAUACAAAGAAACU